GGACUACUCGAGACUUUGUAAUCAACAAAAUAGUGGCUGGUGUGACGUCCAUCUGGAAGAGCCUAAAGCCGAACCGGGAGUAAGAAAUAAGGAAAGGACUAUAAAAUGAGUUACAUACAAUUCGAGAGUGCCCGAGAAAAAGAUAAAGCCCGCGCCGAAUUGCGGGCGGCACGUGAGGCAUUGUUGGAAGAUGCCAAAAAGCGGGCAGUUCAAAGGGCUGAACGAGAAGCUAGUAAACAACUGAAAGGUGAGGUCAAUUGGAUGCAUCCUGCAGUGGAAAAGAAGCUUAAGAAAAAGGAAAAAGAGCUCAAGAAACUCAAAAAGAAGAAAGACAAAAAGAAAAGUGCAAAAACAAAAAAGAAAACCAAGAAGAAACAUAAACAUCAGUCAAGUUCUGAGGAGGAAAGUGAGGAGAGUAGUGAUGAGGAUACGUCUUCCACCGAAAGUAGCACAUCUGAGAGUUCUUCAUCUUCUGAAGAAGAUAAAAGACAUAAGAAAUCGAAAAAAUCCUCAAAAAAGAGUAAAAGAAAGAAGAAAGAGGCUAAACAUAAGAAGCAGGAAGAAAGCAGCAGUAGCGAAAGCAGCGAGGAAGAUGGUGAAGAAAGGUGGUCAGAGGCUCCUAAGCCUGAAGUUCCGGUGCAAAGAGACAGUUGGAUGACAGAUGCCCUAAUGUUAAAGACAUAUUCACGCGAACGUCCAAAUAAACCCCAGGAGAAACAGCAGAUUGAUACGUAUGAUCCGGCAAAAAGCACUAGAGAAUUGAACCCGUAUUGGAAAAUCACUGGUACUGGCUUGCCAGGUUUUCAAAAACCUCGUGACGAUGAUGAGUAUGAAAGUCGCCACACCGCUAGGUCGUCAACGUCUCAGAGCUCUUCCCGGGGGUGGAGAAAACAAAGUGAUGCAAAUGAAAUACCAAAGGAAAGAAAACCUCCACCACCUACCAGAAAAAGAUCUGCCACGCCUAGUAGUAGUAGUAAUUCUUCUUCCUCAGAACAUGAUGAUCGGGACAAUGUCAAGGAGAAAAAGCAAAGUGCUUCAACUUCUGACUUUCUAACGGAUCAACAAAUGAACGAACUGGCUGCAAAGAUACUCAAAGCCGAGAUCAUGGGCGAUUUGACUGCUGUGGAAGAGAUGCGUGCCAAAUUGGAAAAGGCCAGGGUACAAAGAAAUCUCUUCAAGGAACGCAAAAAGGCUGAGGUUGAGGCAAAUCGCCACCAAAACAAGGAAAAAUCUAAGAAAACGGAAGAGGAACAUGUGCUGCUUACUCACACAGACCAGUCGGGACAUAGUCGACCUUUACCUGCAUCGAAAUUUGUUGAUCCCCGAGAUCUGUAUGGCGGCAAGAAGAAACAAAAGCGUGUCAAGACACACGAUGACGAGGGCCAGCGUGUACGCUACUUUGCCGAUGAUGACCGUUACGAUAUCAAGCAAAUGUUUGAGCGCGAAAAGUAUACCACAGCAUCACAGGCUAAUUUGGAAUUUGCUGACCUAGCAGCCAAGAAUAAAAACCCCAAUGAUGAUUUGGAGGAUAUAUUUGCCGAAAAGAUCUGCAAAGAUGAUUCGUCACGGGAGGCUCGCAGAGAGCGUGAUCGUGCCAUUAGAGAACAUCAAAAAAUGGAGGCGGUUUUGGAUAACUGCUAUAGAUGUUUCGAUUCUACGAAAAUGCAAAAAGAGUUAUUGGUUGCCGUUGGAGAUAAGGUAUAUCUGGCAUUGCCCUGGUAUCAAGGACUACAAACAGGCCAUUGUAUGAUUAUACCCACCCAGCAUGCGACAUGUUGUACUCAGUUGGACGAGGAUACAUGGGAGGAAAUCAAUGAUUUCCGCAAAGCUUUAACAAGAAUGUUUGCCGCUCAACGCAAGGAUGUUAUUUUCUUUGAAAUUGCCAAUAGACUACACAAACGUCCUCACUUGGCAAUACAUUGCAUACCCAUUAGGGAAUCUGAGGGUGAAAUGGCACCGUUUUAUUUCAAGAAAGCCAUUGAAGAAUCCGAACAUGAAUGGUGUGUCAAUAAACAAUUGGUUUCGUUGAGCAAGAAAUCACUGCGCAGCAGUAUACCCAAGGGACUACCUUACUUUUGGGUAAACUUCGGCAUGGACACCGGUUUUGCGCACGUCAUCGAAGAUGAACAACGUUUUCCACAGAAUUUUGCCGAAGAGAUUAUUGGUGGAAUGUUACAUUUGGACGCAAACAAAUGGAGACGUCAGCAAAAGGAACAAAAUAUAAUAACAAAGGUUAAAAUGUUUGCCGAUUGGUGGAAGAAAUAUGAUUGUACAAAAUGAUAGUGUAAUUUAUUUUAAUUGAUAAAGAACAGAAAAUUAAACGACUUGUUACUUUGUAACAAAACAUAAUCCAA